AUGGUCUAUUUCUUCAUUCUUUCAAUACUUUUCAUCUCCGCACAGGCCUGUCCUCCACCCAUUUCAACCAUUGGUCCUUCGACCACCAGCCAGUACUUUACUACUUCCCCUUUUACUUACCCAGCUACCACCGUAACCACAAAACCCGAACCUGAAGCGGUACAGGUGACAGUAGUUACCAGGGAGAAUUACGACCUAACUUUGAAUGAUUCACAUCUGCAGGCAGUGAAGGCUCUGAUAAAUGACUAUGCAAAAAUCAAUGGGAUAGUCUACAACGAAAACUUUGUUAGGGAGAGCAUAAGAAAUGAGGGAGGCAAAUUCGCUAUUGUCUUCAACAUAUUGGGUGUUGCAUGUGAUCAGGUAUGUCUAAGUUCAUGUUAG